AGUGAGCGUGACGUCACCAUCUCAUCGCUGCUGCCUCUGCUUCAUUUGAUUAAAGAUACUCUCAAGGAAAAAGAGAGCGAUGCCAAACUGACUGCAGCCAUUAAACAAACGAUCCUGGAGCAACUUGACAGUAGAUAUGACAACGACAAGAUCAUCCAGUUAAUGCGCACAGCUGCCCUCCUUGACCCGCGGUACAAAGCUACUCACGUGGGCAGUAUUGACCUGGACUACAUCAGAACCCAGCUGGAGGAUGAGAUGUUGCUGUUCUGGAAGCAGACUACUUCCGGACCACCUGUGACUGUGCGGGACUCUACGGAUGACGACGAUGCACCUCCUUUCUCCCAGUCUCAGCCAAGCAAAAAGAAGAAAACACUUGGCAGUCUCCUUGGCACAAUAAGACCUGCUUCUGUUGCAACUCUUGAGCAGCGAGCCCAGGCGGAAAUGGCAAAUUACCUCCAAGAAGAGGUAGUUGAUGGAGAAACCAACGCUCUUGAAUGGUGGAAAAGGAACGAAAGCCACUUACCCUUAAUGGCAAAAAUUGCACAGAAAUAUUUGUGCAUUCCUGCGACCAGCACGCCAUCGGAGUGCAUUUUCAGUAAAGCAGGGAAUGUUGUAACCCGGUACCGCAGUCUGCUAAAGCCAGAUAAAGUUAACAUGCUUGUUUUUUUGUCAAAUAAUUUGUAAAAGUGGGUCAUAUAUUUAUUUUCAUUUGUUUAUCAUACGCAGGCUGCAAUGUUCUAUUGUUUAAUGUUUUAAGCUUUAAGUUCAAUCGAAAUAAUUUCUUAUGAAAGGCAAACCUAAGUAGGCGUCAUAUUUGAAGUGAUUUUAUUUUGUGGUAACAUUCACAUUUUCUAAGAAAUACUACCGUUUA